UCUUAUCGCGUUUACUGAGUUUCCGACGCGGGGAUUUUUUUUUCACGAGGCAACGAUGACUUGGCGCUUCUUUCUUUACCGGUGAUUUAGAGAGCAUCGCCGUCGAGGCCAAACCUACAGUCGGUUUCUGAUUCUUACGUCAAGUGGGCGUGCACCGGGGUUUUCGGAGCAAGAAACUGUUCGUGAGGUUGCCGGCAUGCAGGCCAGCUUAAAUUUGAAGAUAUCUUAACUGGGUGGUUCAGGUCAACUUCUUCUUCUUUUCCUGCUUUUUAUUAGAACCGUAUUACAUUGUUGAGCAAUCAACCCGGCGGGUACAACACUUUGACAGACGUCAUGGACGGCAGACAGCAGCAGGAGAAGGCGAAGAAUCCGCGGGCGAAGGCCAACUGCUUCAGCGCUCUCACUUUUUCAUGGAUCCUGGGCACGUUCUGGGUCGGUUAUAAGCGUGACCUCGAGGUCGAAGAUCUAUACACUCCGUUGAAGGAGCACACGAGCGGUAUCCUCGGGGAGAAGAUAACGAAAGCAUGGGAGAACGAGAUUCAGAGACUGACCGCCAAGCGGGACUCGAAGAAGAGCAAGUCCAAGGGCCCGAAGGAAGACGAAGACGACGAUGAGCCGGUGCAUCCCAGUCUACUGCGGGUGCUGGUAAAGGUCUUUGGCGCCGAGACCCUGUUCUACGGCGUCGUCCUAGCCGUCCUCGAAAUAACGAUGAGGGUUGCCCAGCCAUUGUUUCUCGGACGUUUGCUGCGAUACUUCAGCGCGACGGACGGCGCCGACGUGUCGACGCUUGACGCCUACCUUUACGGUUUGGGGGUCGUGAUUUGUUCGGGGGCGAACAUAUUCAUCCUCCAUCCGUACAUGAUGGCGAUAUUGCACAUGGGAAUGAAAAUCCGGAUCGCUUGUUGCACCCUGAUAUACAGGAAGGCUCUGAAACUGUCGAAGACCGCCCUGGGCGAGACGACCAUCGGUCAGGCCGUGAAUCUGCUUUCUAACGACGUAAACAGAUUUGACGUCGCGAUCGUAUUCUUGAACUACCUAUGGAUCGCACCCCUGGAGACGAUCAUCAUCUCCUACUUCAUGUGGGCCGAAGUCGGAGUAUCCGCGAUUAUCGGCGUGGCGACGCUUCUCAUGUUCAUACCCCUCCAAGGAUAUUUGGCAAAGCGAUCGUCCGUCCUGAGGUUGCGAACGGCGAUAAAAACUGAUGAGAGAGUAAGGCUCACGAACGAAAUCAUAUCCGGAAUUCAAGCGAUAAAGAUGUACACAUGGGAGAAACCGUUCGGGGACUUAAUCCAGAAAGCUAGAAAACGAGAGAUAAAGGAAAUAAGGCUGAUGUCGUACGUCAGGGGUAUAACGAUGUCCUUCAUAAUUUUCAACACGAGACUAAGCCUUUUCAUAACCGUAGUUGCCUAUAUAUUAAUGGGCAAUGAUAUCACCGCGGAAAAAGUGUUCAUGCUAACAGCUUACUACAACAUCUUACGGCAAACUAUGACCGUCUAUUUUCCACAAGGAAUUACUCAAAGCGCCGAAGUCAUGGUUUCAGUCAAACGUCUCCAGACUUUCAUGAGAUACGACGAGGCGGUUGUAGUGAAGAUGCCCCAAUCCACGGACAAGUCUGAUGAGCUAGGCCAGGGGUCCAUCAAGAUCGACAACGUAUCAGCGAAGUGGUCGGAGAACUCGCCUGAAAAUACUCUUUCCAAUUUGAAUAUAAACGUGAAGCCCGGUCAGCUCGUAGCCAUUGUCGGGCAAGUGGGAUCCGGCAAAACGAGCCUCAUUCAUACGAUUCUGCGCGAGUUGCCACUCGACUCCGGCAGCGUCAAGGUCAACGGCAGUGUCGCCUACGCCAGUCAAGAGCCUUGGCUCUUCGGUGGUUCGGUCAGACAGAAUAUACUUUUUGGGCGUAAAAUGGAUCCGCGGCGAUACGACAAAGUGGUCAAGGUGUGCCAGCUCAAGCGGGACUUUACCCUCUUCCCCUACGGUGACAAGACGGUUGUUGGCGAGAGGGGGGUCAGUUUAUCCGGUGGUCAACGCGCGAGGAUAAACCUGGCUAGAGCAGUUUACGCGAACGUAGACAUAUACCUGAUGGACGAUCCGUUGAGUGCUGUUGACGCUCACGUGGGUAAGCACAUGUUCGACGAGUGCGUGGACGGAUACUUGAAACAAAAAACUCGCAUUCUUGUCACGCACCAGCUGCAGUACCUCAAAGACGUCGACCAGAUAAUUGUGCUGAAAGAUGGAGUCAUAUGGGGACAAGGGACAUACCAAGAGCUUCAGAAAUCCGGAUUGGACUUCGGCCAGGUACUGGAGCCGCCUGAGGAAAAUAAACCCGAACAACGACCGCUGAGUCGACUGAUCUCGCGGCACUCCAGCAUCUCCUCGGUAGAUUCGAUCGGCAUGGGGGACAUGAUAGAGCAGGACGCACCCCUGGAGGAGAUGGAGGUACGCAGCUCUGGUACAGUUGAUGGGAAGGUGUACGCGGCCUACCUCAAAGCUGCAGGCAACUGGUGCGCCAUAUCGGCAAUACUGUUCCUCUUCACCCUUAGUCAGGUUUUUGCGAGCGGUGGUGACUACUUCCUCUCCACGUGGGUUAACCUGGAAGAAGCAAACGCAGGGCUCAUGGACUGGGAUAGCUGGCUAAGCCGCGACCUCUGCAUAUACAUAUACACAGUUCUGGUCGUCGGGACGGUCAUAUUAACUCUCCUUCGGUCAUUCUCAUUCUACGGCAUGGCGAUGCGGGCUUCGAAACGCCUUCACGAUACGAUGUUCCGUGGCAUAAGUCACGCGACGAUGCGAUUCUUCAACACGAACUCGUCCGGUCGGAUAUUGAACCGUUUCUCGAAGGACAUGGGAGCGGUCGACGAACUCCUGCCCACGGCCAUGAUCGACUGCGUGCAGAUCGGAUUGGGGCUGAUCGGCGUCAUCGUUGUCGUCGCAAUAGCCAAUCCUUGGCUGCUAAUACCCACUGUCAUUAUCGGGUUCAUAUUUUACCUAUUCCGCAUAAUCUACAUGUCCACGAGCCGCAGUGUGAAACGACUCGAGGGUGUCACUCGUUCCCCGGUCUUCGCCCACCUGAACGCAACGCUCCAGGGACUGACGACAAUUCGGGCAUUCCAAGCCAGCGAAACACUCACGGCGGAGUUUGACCACCACCAGGACCUCCACUCCUCUGCCUGGUUCAUAUUUAUAGCCUCGGCCCGUGCCUUCGGCUUCUGGCUGGACAUCGUCUGCGUAAUAUACAUAGCUUUGGUCGUCUUCAGCUUCCUUGUCUUGCCUGACAUGCAGGGUUCGGCAGGCGGUAGCGUCGGCCUGGCCAUCACCCAGAGCAUCGGUCUCACGGGAAUGUUCCAGUGGGGCAUGCGGCAAAGCGCCGAGCUCGAAAAUCAGAUGACAUCCGUCGAGCGUAUCUGUGAGUACAGCGUCGUCGACCAAGAACCGCCGUUGGAGAGUACACCGGAAAACAAGCCUGACCCCAAGUGGCCCGCCCAUGGGAAGGUCGAGUUCAAGAAGCUUUCGAUGCGUUACGGGCCUAACGAGCCGGAUGUACUGAAGGACCUGGAUUUCGUCGUUUUGCCACGGGAGAAAAUCGGUAUCGUGGGCAGGACGGGCGCGGGAAAAUCCUCCUUGGUUUCGGCGCUCUUUCGAUUGGCUUAUGUGGAUGGCGACAUAGUAAUAGACAGCAUUGCGAGCAGUAAGCUCGGCCUGCACGACCUUCGAUCGAAGAUAAGCAUCAUCCCUCAGGAGCCAUUCCUCUUCUCCGGCUCUCUGAGGCGAAACUUGGACCCCUUCGACGAGUAUCCGGAUAGCAAUUUGUGGCAAGCGCUUGAAGAAGUCGAGCUCAAGGAGAUGGGCCUCGAGUCGAACAUCGCGGAGGGCGGCUCGAACCUCAGCGUUGGUCAGCGGCAAUUGGUAUGCCUGGCGAGAGCAAUCGUUCGCAAAAACCCCGUACUGAUACUCGAUGAAGCGACGGCUAACGUCGAUCCUCGUACCGACGAGCUUAUCCAAAAGACGAUUCGCAUCAAGUUCGCCAAUUGUACAGUACUCACCAUCGCUCAUCGCCUGAACACAGUAAUGGACAGUAACAAAGUUCUGGUCAUGGACGCUGGAUUUGUUGUGGAGUACGAUCAUCCGCACGUGCUGCUGCAAAAAGAGAAUGGAUACCUUCGCGGCAUGGUGGAACAGACGGGUAAAGCGAUGUCGGACACGCUCGGUAUGAUCGCCCAGAAAAACUACGACUCAUCAUCCGCGUAGUCCAGGAUUACAAUUAGCAACUAUACAUGUUCACCGUUUAAAAAACUUUUCGACAUAUUUAUU